AAUAGUUUAAUAGCGAACUCUAGAGACUAAACAUGUCUAGCGAAUCGAGCGAAACGGAUGGCAUAGUCAUACGCAUCAUGAACGUGUCGGACUAUCAGAAUGUUAAAAAUGCAAUGGGCGGGAAUAUAAACAGGGACGAGCCGCUAGAUACGUGCUGCGGCGGGUAUGUGAAUAAAUUGUAUCAGCAGACGGACGAUGACUAUCACAUUUCCAUAGUUGAGAAAGGAACUAGUCUCAUGGCUAUCGAUGAGAAGAACGGCGGACGCAUCGUCGGCAUAGUUGUGGCUGCUCCUCAGACACCUAGCGAUGUAAUUAGAUUUACCAAAGAUAUAAGGACAUCAACUGACUAUGAACGCAUCGACAUAUUAAUAUCAAAAGUCGAGGAAGAGGCCAAUCUCUACAAGCGUUACGGCAUCUCUAAGCUGCUCUGCUCGCAUAUCACUUAUGUUGAUGCCACAAUGCGUGGCAAAGGACUGGGCGCACGUCUAACAACCGCUCUCAUGGAAUUGGGUCGCUCCAAGGGCUAUCCCCUCUUGGUCGCCUACUGCACCAGCUUCUAUUCGGCACGCCAGAAGCAAGCCUUGGGCAUGGAGUGCGUCUACAAAUUAGCCUAUGCUGACUUCAAGGAUGCCAACGGAAAGGUUGUGUUCAACCCACCUGAACCGCAUACACAUAUACGCGUGAUGGCUAUUAAACUAUAAGCUGAUUAUAUGUCACCUCGGUAUUCAUCAGUAAAUAUUUGAUAAUAAUAUUUGUCUAUUAAAUC